UUAAACUUUAAGACGGCGUGCUGUGAUUUUAUAAUUGUGUGGAUUAGACAACUGCGAGUGCCUGCAGGCUUCUCGUGAUCGUAAUGGAUGAGCACAAUGCACUGGAUGAAAAAUUCGACCAGGUACCCGACACCGGCAACAAAAUGGCGUCGGCAGAUGCGGGCUUGAAAACGACGCAACACGAGCUGAAAAUCAUGGAUGUGGAAGGAGCUAUGGACACGGAGGUCCCCCUCGUUAUUUUAGUAGAAGACUCAGAUAUUGAUGAAUUGGAAGACAAUGUGCCCGCGGUUGAAGAACUGCCGAUUGGGUCUCUAAUUGACCCUCUGUCUGAGGACAAAGAAAAUGUGUCCACCAAAACCGAGGUGAGCAGCGACGUGGAGAGCAACAACUCGUACGUUGACCCAAUGGGGCUCCUCGAGCGCCUGGAGAAUCACGACGCGGACAGUCAGGACGAUGAAGAUGAUUUCAGCCUGGAUGAUGGCGUUCCUGCUGGCACAUCACACAGUCGAGUGAAAGGGAAUCGCUGGCUAAUCUGGAUGAAACGCUGGCCCUGGGUGCUGCACGAGGACAGCGAUGGCAACUAUGCCUUCUGCCUGUAUUGCAAAAUGAAACUCAACGUGAACAACAAGUCCAAGUACAUCCAGCAGCACAAUAUGUCGCUGUACCAUCAGGAGCGCGAGACAAACUACCUGGCCUUCAAGGAGAGCCAGAAGCAAAUCCAAGCCGCCACUAGCGAUCAAGCCGAUGCCGAGAUCAAGCACGAAUUCGGCACUAACAGCUAUGUGGCGGCCAUGAAAGAGAAGCGCGCCAAGGAGACAGAUUUGUUCAACGACUUCAACUGGACGCGCUGGCUUGAGUGUCAUUCCUGGCUGGAACGCGACCAGCUCCAGGGUACAAUUGGCCUGUGUAAAUGGUGCAACGUGAAGAUGAAUGUGGAGUUUUUGUACCUACGCAAGCGGCACGAGGCCACCAAAGGACAUGCGGAGGCCGCGCGACAGCUAAAAGUCUCGGGCAAACAGUCGCUCAAGCGCAAGCGCAGUGCCAGUAUCUACCACCCCCCCGCUCGGGAGGAGGAGGAGGAAGAGCCAGUGCCUCGGCGGGACAGCACCGUUGUCACAGUCGUUGGCGGGGAUGUCGAUGCCAGCAGCGAUCCCAGUCGCUGGUGCGAGCUCGUGGAUGACACGAGUCCCCAGCAAUGCCGCUGCACGCUCUGCAACUGCCAGAUGGCGAUAACUAGCUUCCUGCGUCACUGCAAAACCAACGCUCACUGCCAGAACGUAUUGCUUAAUAAAAACCCGGACAGCUCUACGAUAAAUCGCGGAAUUUGGGAGCAUUACUCCGAGCUACAUCCCUGGAUGGUAGCCGAUCCUGAGGACCCCAGUCAGGCGUAUUGCAGCAUCUGCUGUAAGCGAUUCGUGUACGGGCACUCCGAGAUCAAGCGCAAGAACCACGAGAAUUCUGAGAAGCAUCUGGCGGCCGUGGCAGCCUUCAGGUCUGAACAUACCGGAACUACCGAUGCGGAGGAGGAGGAUGGGGAGGAGCAGCGUAGCGAACCAGCCCCAUCAGUGCGCCGCAGCGAAAGCGAGCCUAGUGAUGCCGAAUACCAAGUGGAUGAAGAUGACGAUGAUUGGUCUGAAUCGCCAAAGGGAUAUUCUGCGGAGCAAAGGGGCCCGAGGAAGCGCAGGGUCAGGCCUGGGGCUCGAUUCUAUUCUUGGCUGCGCUACUCCAAGGAUCGCAAAACACAGCUGUGCCGGUUCUGUCGCGUGCGCUUCUACAACGAGUCGGGCAAGGCGCGACACGAUCUCAGUGUGCGGCACAAUAACCUGGUUAAGCAGCACAAACUGCGCCAGGAGCUGCUUCGACAGGAAAAAAAACAGCGCAACCGGUUGCCGGAGGCCGAAGGGGACGAGGAGCAGAGCAACACGGACUCUGGGACCGUGCACGAAAAGUCAGCCGCCCCAUUCAGCAAGACCAGCCAUCCCAUUCCGGCCACAAUUAAGGGUAAGGUGAUGGUGUGGAAGGAGCGCUUCCCCUGGCUCUCCUACAAGCGCAGCGAGCAGCGAAGUAACUACGGCUGGUGCAAGCUGUGCGAGGUCUCCGUCUUCUUGCCCACCUCUAAGUACGCGUCUAAGCAUCAGCGCUCGUCCCGCCACGUGCGGCUGCGCAUGGAGAGGAAACGCACGGGUGGCAAACCAGCAGAGGCAGCGAGCAAAGAGGUCAUAUCCGCCGCGGUCGCCACGGCGGCAGCGCUUACUAGUGCCGAGAGCAAGCAGAAGGCGGCGAUGGCAGAGCUGCAGGCCAAGUACGAUUGGCUGGAUCCCGAUGCCACCGAUGAGAACCACUGUCAAUGUCGCAUCUGCGACUCCCGUCUCCCCAUCAAGGUGUUCUUCCUGCGCCAGCACGACGCCUCGCGAAAACAUGCUGAAAAUCUCGAGAAAUACAAGAUUCAGGUCGCGGCUGCAAAACACACCUCGGCCAACCCUGCUGCGGCCGCGGUGGAGGACUCGGCCAUGGAAGUGGAUCAGGACAGCGAUGGGGCGUUGAGCGUCAAAUCUGAAGGCAGCACGACGGAAGAGCCGCCGUCUAAGCGUUCACGCCGCUCGAUGGAGGUACGGCGCAUCAUGCGCUACCUGCGCGACUCUGUGGGCAAGCGAUCGGACGACCGCAGCCAAUUGGACAUGGCGAAGGACAUGAUCUGCUCCUCCUUCGACAUUGUAACGCGCCUUCGCAACCUGGAGCGAGAGGUGGCACCACAGAUGGAUUCCACGGCGCUGGCGCCGGGUUCGCCCAAUGUUUCGAUAACGUCUCUGCCAUCAGGGCCCCGGCACGUAGUGGAUCUGUUCUUUGACAGUAUUUCGCCGACUAUGAAAGCCCUGCCGGCAGAUCUUGCCGCCGAAGGCAAGGCAAAGAUCAUGCAGCUCGUCUGUGGCUUGGAAGUGCGAGCCAUGCAGCGCAUCGUGGCCCCUGGCCCUGCUGCCGCAACGGCAACCAGCGUAGUCACCCAGAGCUCGGAGACACUUGGUUCUGAUACUUCCCCUAACAAUGGAGCCGACUCUUCGUCGCCAGCGCUUUCUAACACGACAACCAUUUCCAUAAACGACCUAGCCGAUGAGAACAGUGGCCAGCAGAACCACAACGAAAUUGAGAAUGCCAGCUCUGGCGCCAGCCCGGCAAAAUCCAGCCCGAUGCCACAGAAGAAGGGUCAGGUGACUAUCAAUGGUUGCCAUGGUGCCAAGGAACUGUUGAGCAACGUACGCCACAUGUGGCCCGCCUCCAUGCAAGCGUCAUGCCGGCAAGACUCCGAUGCUGUACGCUGCGUCCCCCUGAACAAGCUGACCACACCAAAUAGCUUGAAUGGGCGCCACAGCGUCAACACCUCCACGGAAACCACAUGCACGUACACGACCGUGAAUUCCGCCUCCCCCGUCAAGACGGAUAGGCCCAAUGACAAUCCAUCGGCAAUGAUGCGUCAGAUCCGUCUAAACAAUGGCAACCAGUCGAAGAUGAUAACCAUUUCAAAGACACAGACUGUGAAUAGGCCGCCCCCUGCCCAACACUUGCGACUUCCCCCAACCAACAUUAAUGGAGGGCCAAAAAUUCAACCGACCUGGGCCGGGAAGAAUCAGCAGCUGACAAUCAGUAGGCCAUCGCAGCCAUAAGUUAUUGGCAGCACCCGCAGACCAUACAUUACCAGAAUGUACUCCCCCAUCCAUGCCCUUAGUUUCUUGUGUCCUCCCCCCACUAGAUGUCCUUUCCAGUCCCCAUUUCAUAUUUUUUUUUUCCACCCCAUUUAGCUUUUAGAGCUGAUUUCUGUUUAAAGAACAUAUGUAUGUUAAAGAUGAAUGCACGGGAGAGUACCUUGGACUCUAUGAUCGCUCCCAGCCUGAUUCCAAAUACCAGUGUAUCCCCGAUAUUCUGAUCGUUAUAUAGCCGUACAAAAUAAGUGAAUGUACGUGAUUUUGUUUGUUUGCCACCAAAAAAUUUGAGUUAUUUUCAAUGCAACUGAAACGGCAAUUAUUGGGAAAUGUUGCGGAGACACUUCCACUUAAGCGUACCUCUUUAAUUAAUACAUUGUAAGCUGACCCGGCAAAUUAAAAUUAUUAAUAUUAAUUUCGAAAAGCAA